CCUACACGGUUACUCUCUCGCGUAGCAAUCUCACCUCUCGUCUCCCCGGGAAGCCGAAGAAAGUUCCAAACAUGGGCGACCAAAUAAUAAUGUCCGCUUGACUCUUGGGGGAGAUUUUUCCAAGAUGCCAGGUCUUUUGUCCAGUUCUGGGAGUCUGACUGUCAUCUGGUUUUUAUCUUGGUCACUGUGUCGAAGUAGUGCUCAGAUUUGGACCAAUGAAGUUUCGGACGUGCAGUACGGGCGCUUGGACUCGAAUGUGACACUGGCAUGUGGGAAGUCCCAAAUUAAUAGGAUACCAGUGGUGUGGCAUCUUGACGACAGCCAAGUGUUACCAUGGCACAAAGUAACAUCAGAUGGAUCGUUAGUCCUGCUGCACGUCAACCUUUCAGCCCAGGGCAACUACAGCUGCUAUGACAACCAUGGGCUCCUACUCCACUCCAUCAAACUCAGACUGGGCUAUCCCCCUGGUCUGCUUAGCAUUUCCUGUCAAGUUCCUAAUCACACUCUUGUUCGCUGCUCCUGGAAAGAAUCGGUGAAGACCUUUCUUCCAGUCGAGUACAACGCCUCCCUCAGGGGUAAUGGCAAGGCCUGGCAGCCUUGCCUGGUGGACGCGGCCCACAAGUACUGUGAUGUAGAGCACCCAUCCUUCUGGCAGACGAUCCACACGCUUAACGUCACGGCCACAAACGCCCUUGGGUCUGAGUCGACGGCUGCCCGGAUUAAAUUAGACAAGCUGCUGAAACCUGACCCUCCGGAGUCAGUAUUAGUAAAUGAGGUGGAAGGCUUUCCAAAUAGGCUGAAUAUCUCAUGGAACUUUCCCUCCUCGUGGGCGCUACGUGAUGCUUUCCCUCUCGUGUUUCAUAUAAGAUACAGACCACAUGGAUCGCAAUACUGGUCAGAGGUUUACCCCGAGGAGAGUCCAGUAGUGAUUUUUGACGCCUUGGCUGGGCACCCUCACCAAGUCCAAGUGCGAGCGAGGGACGAGCUUGAUGCUGAGAGCCAGUGGAGUGACUGGAGUCCUCUGCGUUAUGGCAGGCCCUGGGAAGACCCUGCCACAUCCGAACCUCCCGAGGAUCAUUUUCCAGACUAUGUUUUUCCCUUCAACACAAAGCCAGAAACCUCGACUUCAAAGUCACUGAAGCCGGUUCUGCAGGAUGAUGGUAAUUUGGGAUUGGUGAUUCUGCUGGUUUUGUUUGCCGUGGUUAUCAUAGCCACUGUCCUUUCCCUCUUCUUUGUGGUGUGGGUGAAGCAGAGGCGGCGUGAACAUGUGACCAAACAGGAGCUCACUUCGAUGGUCAAAAUGAAGUCUAUGCCAAUUUGAUGUUAAUGCCAAACAUCAUCUACUCCUCGGCCCGUUCUCGAGCUCCUCUGAAGAGUCGGGCCAUCGUGGCAGCAUGCUGGCAUUCAAAUACAACAAAUGAACCAGAACCCAUUUCAGAUCUGCGAUGACACAAACAAUCCCACCCUCUUUUUUUCAAACGAAAAGAUGCAAGACUGUCCAGUUGUGGCAUCAGACUACAUUUCCCACAAUGCAUCUGCAGCACAAACCUGCCGGAGGGGGCUUUUCUCAUCCCCCUCGGUCAUCGGUGACGUUGCUAUGCGGUUGCACGUGUCCGUUAUCACAGACAAACCCGAUGCUGUGAAUGAGUGGCGACGUUUAUCUGGCGGCAUUGAAGCGUCAAAGAGGCCUGAAGAAGGGCAGCUGAACACAAGUGAGCGACUUGAAUUGUAAACACGUCACUAUUACUUUUGUUUUUGUUAUGAUGAAUGGUUUUGUUCCUUUUUUUCUUUGUCAUCAUCCAUCCACAGAGCGUGUGUAAGUGCAUGUCACACUUGGGUGGGAAUUGGGAUAUAAAGCUGAUAAAAGGCCUCAUCACAAAUCAGCAGCAUGAUGUCGACCGCAAGCGCAGGAAAAUGACAUUGAAAAUAAGUAUGGGAAUAGUUUUGGGGGGGUGAAUCUGGUCAUGAUUAUUCAGUGGAAAGCCCAACAUUUUCAAAACAAAAACAUUUCAUCCAAAACAAUGGUCACUGACUGAAUGAAUAAUGCUAAAUGCAUCCCGGUUUGCUUUCAACAGAUAAUGCAGCAAUUUCGAAACCUUUUCCGCUCCGGUCAACAAUUCGGAGGUAUUAUGUUUGAGGGAUGGUACACAGUUAAGUUUAACUCUUUCAUGCACCAAUAAUGAGAACCUGUAACCUGAUAACAUGAUAAGCUAUCCACUGUAGUGACCGUUGUCCCCGAAAGGGUUAAAUUGCAUUCUUAAGUGUUUAAAUAUCAGGAAGAGAGUGAUCCUUUGGGAAGCUGCUGCCCUCAAAAAAAAAAAAAAAAACAACCCAAAAGUAUUUGGAGACCAUCAGCACUUCACAGGCUAACGUGGCGAACAAACCGGCCUGUUCUCAUGACAGUCGAGUCGGAUUUUGUCAGAAGUUAUGCAUUGUCAUUGCAAAAUUUGGGAUGUUGGAGAUGGAUUUUUUGAAGGGCAAAUUCAGAGGUUCCACAUUAGGUUUUGUACAGUUUGCUACUAAACUACAGCGCUUGCAAGCGCAGCUCCCGGCUUGACUUUGACAAGGGGUUGUUUUUUUUAACAUGACACACAGAUGCUCACAAUCGUUACUGACAAACGGAUAGACGGAAGUUGGGAAUGUUCUGUUACUUUAUUGUGUGUUUUUUUUUUUUUUUGUAAUGAGAUGCAUGGUGACAGUACUGAUAAGAAGGCCAACACUAACAGCAAGUAAAAGAGAUCGUUUGCCUUACAGAUUUGGUGUGAAAGAAUAAAAAAGUAAAAAUAUGGGUCAGUUCCAAGUCCUUCCGGGACCAGUUUUAUCGUGGCCACGUGUUGUGGCAAGAUAGUGGUGACCACGGUGACCAUGGUUACCCGACAAGAGCCAAACUCAGUUUUUCUGCGCUUAGGUCCUAAAAGCCUGCGAUCGUUGCUGAACAGUAAUGACUGCGUGGUCAGUGCUCAUGAAAAGCCCCAAAUACCUCAGUUUUUUUUUUUUUUGUGUGUGUGUGUGUGUGUGUGCGUUUCUUUCGAUUUCAUUUCUCACCUGUGUUUGUGUCCCGGUGAUGACACUGUGUUGUGAUCCAAAGCUGUGCGGUCUAGGACUGACCGACUUGACCGUGUGUACGAUGCAUCAGGAACACAAGGUGCAUGAACUGUCAAGCUUCGACGACCGUAUGUGCUCCCAAGCUAGCCCUUCACGUAAAAAAAUGCACAGAUCCAGUUGAAGCUUUGUUUUUGGUGUCUUGUUGCAUCUCGCGUGUACGUCACAAAACGCAUUUCCUCAAUAUUUUUUUGUCUGUACGUAACCAAUUUGGGGGUAGCGCCGGUUAGAAUCAGUCUUGUGUUAAUUUGUCGAGAGUUCAUAGAGGUGAAAAAGAAAACAAGCCGUACUCUUUAAAUAAUUGUCAAACUCUUUGAACUGAAAAAAAAAAACUGUUUGGAAUUCCAGAUAACAGCGUCCCGCCCAAAAAAAUAAACAAAUUAACAUCACUGAUGAUCAUCUUUUAUCUCUGUCCCCAGCAGCGUGCAUUUGUGUUGUCUUGCGCAGUUAUACGAAGCUGUUCCGUUCAUUCAGCUAGCUUUGCAAUGUCAUUGCCGUUUUUUGGAGUCGUAAGGUCCUUUUUUUUUCCUGACAAUCUACAAAAAAUAUACAUCUUUGUAUUUAUUUGAGCAAUGUGUGUCUGGAGAACCUCCUUUUAAUUGAAAUUCAAAUCUCUAUG